AUGGACAUCAUGGAAGACUUUCUACGAUUCCGUGGAAUCAAGUACCUGCGUCUUGAUGGAUCGACAAAGCCGGACGAUCGAUCUGUCCUUCUCAGGCAGUUCAACGAUCCGAACUCCGAGUAUGACGUCUUCAUCCGGUCGACACGUGCUGGUGGCUUGGGCUUGAACUUGCAGUCUGCUGAUACAGUCAUUAUUUACGACUCCGAUUGGAAUCCACACCAAGACUUACAGGCCCAAGAUCGCGCGCACCGUAUCGGUCAGAAAGUAGAAGUGCGGAUUUUGCGACUCGUAACUGAGAAGUCGGUGGAGAAAACUAUUCUUGCUCGUGCUCAAUCGAAGCUGGAAAUCAACGGGAAAGUCAUCCAAGCCGGCAAAUUUGAUAACCAGGCGACUGCAGAUGAGCGAGAAUUGCUUCUUCGUGCUAUGCUGGAGGCAGACAAUGAGGAGGAGGAAGAAGAACAAGGCGAACUCAACGAUGACGAGCUCAAUGAACUACUCGCGCGCAGCGAUGAAGAAGUGGCCAAAUUCCAACAGGUUGAUCGUGAGCGCAUAGCCGACGAAGAGACGGAAUGGCGAGCUCUUGGCCAUACAGGUCCUAUGCCUGAUCGUCUUAUCCAAGAACAUGAGUUGCCAGCAAUCUACCAACGCGACUUCGAUACUGAUGUCAUCGACGGCAUCGAAGAAGAGCAGCCGUUGACCCGUCGACGGAAUGUAGUGCGUUAUGAUGAUGGCCUCACCGAGGAGCAGUUUCUUCGUGCUCUUGAAGAUGAGGAAGACUUGAACGAGGUUGUCGAACGAAAACGGGAACGUGCCGAAAAACGUCGUCUCAAGCACUCGGGCCAAGACCCGGAGGCAAAACUUUCUAAGGAUGCGCGUUCUGAAUCUCCUGCAGAUGCUGCAACUAAUGAUAAGAAGCGCAAGGUCCUGGAAGAUGGAGAACAAGCUGUCAUGGCGGAAGCGAUGCCCGAUUCUGCAGAUGCUGCUGCCAUCUCUAAGCGGCGCAAAAUUAGUCCUGACUUUGAACGACUGAAAGCCGCAAUGUUGAAAUGUUAUCAUGCUGUUGAGCAGUGUGAAGAGCCGGAUACUGGUCGUUUGCGCAGUACACUUUUCAUGGAGAUUCCUAAGAAGAACGAGUACCCUGAUUAUCAUGUUUUGAUUGCACGACCUGUUUGUUUGAAGCAGAUCAAGCGCCGUAUCGAGACCCGUGUGUACAAGACCUUUGAAGCAUGUCGAGACGACUUCUUGCUCAUGUUUCACAAUGCUCGCACCUACAACCAGGAAGGAUCUAUUGUUUGGCUUGAUUCUCUGGAAAUGGAGCACGUCUUUAAUGAUGUUUAUGCACAAACACAAGCUGAGCUCGCCAGCUCAUCGACAUCGACAUCGACUUCAGAGACAACUGGCAUGCCCGCAUUGUCUGACUCGCCGAGCACAGACACUCCUGUAUCAUCUAUUGAAGACUCGUCUCAUGCACAAUCGACGGCAGAUGCUAACGAAGAGAUGCCAUCGUCCGAAUCGUCUCAGCGCCGCAAAUCGGGCAUGAAAAUCAAGCUUUCCAUGUCAGGCCGAAGGAAGCGAACAUAA